GGCCGCUCUAGCCUGCGCGGGGGCGGUGAGACGCCUCCUAGGCCGCGGGAGGCCGCAGGGGGUGCUUCGCUGGGCGCGCGGGCCAUGGAGACCUUGCGCAGAUCGCUGAUCGUGGGGGCCCUUCUGGGAGCGGGGGCUGGCGUGGGCUCCGCACUCUUUGUCCUCGUGAGCCCGGGAGAGCAGCAGAAGCAGGCGAUGCUGAAGGAGAUGCCCGAGCAGGACCCCCGGCGCAGGGACGAGGCGGCCAGGACCAAAGAAUUAGUGCUGGCCACUCUGCAGGAGGCAGCGGCCACGCAGGAAAACGUGGCUCGGAGGAAGAACUGGAUGGUUGGCGGCGGCGGGAGGUCGGCGUGAGACUUCUCCCGCGCACGAGUCCGACGCGACCUUUCUCCGCAGGCCCCGCGGGGAGUCCGGACUGAGUCCUGGGAGCCGCCGGGGGUGAGCGCGUCCCUCCUCCGCCCCCGACGCUGCUCUGACCGCGCUUGCACGUCCUACGGCCCGGCCUGGGGCGUCGGAUGUGGCGAACUGAAGGAACCAAUAAAUCACGUUCCUCCGUCUGGACAGUGAGCCCUGGGGUCUGACGUUUAUAAAUGUCUCGUGUCCUGGGGGUCCGUGCUGGGGACACUGGUGACCAAGGCUCCCACCUGCCUCGUAGCGACAUGUUCAGAAACACUAGUCAGGUCAUGUGCUCUGCUAGUGUACUUUUGGUGAUAACCAAGUGACAUUCUUUUUUUUCUUUUUUUUUUUUUUUUAUAAGGCAGAGGACCUGCCCAGGUCUCCGAGCGCCGGCGCCCGGAGCCUGGCAGACCCGUGCCACCAAGUGACAUUCUUGAAAUCAAAACUCUCUUGGAAAAUCUUGUAACAAUACCUGCCCAUAAAGGACACUUUGGGUUUCCUGUCCUUUGAGUGAGGUAGGAGUGGGGCUGCUAGCAUUUAACAUGUGCCGUGAUGUUUUCUGGGGCUGUUGAAGUGAUGGAGGCCAAUUUGCUAGGAGUGAAAGCCUGCUUUGAGUCAGAUUUUGAUUAGUCUUGUAUGUCACAAAAACUUCCUUAAGCCUCAGUCCUGUUCCAUUAAAGGUGACAAUUAUCUUGACGGCUGUUGUAAAAAGAUUAACUUGGAAAUGUAAAGUGCACUGCUUGGCACAGAGCAGCCUUUCAAUAAAUGUAGGGGAGGGUUUCCCCUUAAAGGAUU